AUGGAAACAGUCAACGUCCCCGAGCUCAUUGAGCGCCUGGGAAGCGAUGAAGAUGCCGUGCGCAAAAUGGCUGUUUUCAAGCUCCAAUCUAACAUUGGCGAUCCAUCCUUCGCAGACAUGUUCAUCUCAGAUGGAGGUCUGCUGCGAUUACGCUACCUGACUCUCCACGCAAGUGGCAAUACUCUCGCAUAUAGUCUGACAAGCUUCUCGCGCCUCUUAGAUGUCGACAAGGGGUGGGAGUGUGUGGACCAAGAGCUGGUUGAGCGGAUUGUCGAAUUAAUCGUCACUCACCCUCUUGUCAAUAUUCUCCGCGGAGCAAUGUCAAUCCUAGUCUCGAUCGUCUCCCACCCCUCAAGCACGCGCUCCCCAGACCUCUCCGGGUUCCGCGCCCUCAAACCCGCUAUCGCUAUAUACCCUCAAUUCCUCGAGAUGCUAGUGAGCAGACUCUCCUCCGCCGAUCAUGCCCUGUGCGCCAAUGCGCUGCAAUUAAUCAACUCACUCAUGCGCGACUCCAUCACCCACGACUCCGAGGCCGAGUGGCCGAAAUUCAUUCAGAAAUUGCAGGAUCUAGGCGUUAUCAGAGCGGUUUAUGUGCUGAUGCAGGAUCCUGCUCUGCAAGACCUUGCGCAUCCGCUUAUGGAAUUCCAGUCUUUGACGAAAGUCCUGCUGCGCAAGUGGCGGGAUAUUCCUGUCAAUCAGGAAAAACCCGAACAUCGACGUGCGCUAAAGGGCAUUCAUUUGGCUAGUAAACCUGAAAAGAGUGAGGAGGAGGGCGAUGAGAAAAGGUCGAGAAGACAUCAUCCCGAGAAGUGGAGGCGGCUUGGGUUUGAGUCGGAGAGUCCGGCUGGGGAAUUCUACGAGGUUGGAUUCCUUGGUAUCAUGGAUUUGGCGGAUUAUGUCCGGAGUCAUGGAGAUGAAUUCCAGAAAUUACUCUUAGAACACUCUACCAAGCCUGCGCGACAGCGGUGUCCGAUUGCGCGGGCUUCCUUGGCUGUCACAUCUAUUCUCUAUGAGCAUUUCGAGGUUGACAAGUCUGAAAUGGACGACACGAAGGCUUUCAUUUCCGAGUCUCGCACUGGUUUCGAUAAACUGUUCCAGCCGCUACUGUUACACUGGACGCGCCUACAUGUCGCCGGAUUACAGGCUUUCUUCCGUCUGUGGAAGGCUACAGCUGCCGAAGCAGAGGAUUUGGAUAAGUUGGUUGAACUUGUGAGGAUUCUCAUUGAGUCCGUUGUCGGCGGCGCGGAUCGGACAAAGGAUGUUCAGGAUGUCGAGGAGGAACUGGCUGAUUUCGAAUAUAACCGAUUGCGCGGGUUACAAAUGGAACUUCUGGAACUUACGUAUGAGGAUGCUUGGGGUCAGCAUUUGCGUCAAGUGCGCGAGGAACUGCAUCAUGAGGCUUUGCAGUUUGUGAAAGAGCAACGUAUUCGAUCUUUGCUCCAGGGUUGUUGGUUUGCGCUGGAUCACAAAUCCGAGGGCCCGAACUCUGCAACCUAUCAAUAUGCUCAACUUUCGCAUAAUCGACGAUAUUUGCACUUUGGAUCGUUCGAUCUCAUGGGUGACCGACCGCCGGAGUUGGAUACUCUCCCUGAGAAAAUCGACCUCUCCAUCGUCUCCUCUGUUGUCUCCAAUGUUUCGGCAAAUGACCACUCCUCCUCUGCAACAGUCAAAACAUCUCGUCAACCCGCUACCAAAAUCACCAUCCAUGGCUACGCCCCCUCCCCCAGCAGUCAUGGAAAAGGUGCCAGUCACGCCCGUUCAGCCAGCAGGACAACCCAAAAAGAGGCGAUCCUGCUUACCCUGCGACCCUCGUCGCACAGCAUUGCGUCCGAGUGGUUGGAUGGUCUACUGAUGCUACUUAACCAACAGCCUAUCACGGCGGAGACGAAUAAACUGAUUGAGUUGGUUAGCAACUAUGGAUUGAAGAUUCGACUGCUCAAUGUUCGCUUUGAUGAUGCUACUUUUGCAGGCGAGGCACCACAGGUUCCGGCAAGGGAGGGAUUAGAUGAAGAUUAUUACUAUGAUGUGUUUGGGGGUGCAUAG